GCAGAUCAGCUGAUACAGGGAGCGCUGCGGUGUGUGGGAGCAGAGAUAGAGGAUUAAUUCACCUAUUAUCGCCUCGCACUGUGUUCUCGGCUGCUCUGUUGUGCUGUAGAGUAGCCCACCAUGGGGGAGCUGUUCCGCAGCGAGGAGAUGACUCUAGCUCAGCUCUUUUUGCAGUCUGAGUCGGCCUACUGCUGUGUUAGCGAGCUUGGUGAGAUCGGUAUGGUGCAGUUUAGAGAUCUGAACCCUGAUGUCAACGUCUUCCAGAGAAAGUUUGUGAAUGAAGUGCGCCGCUGCGAAGAGAUGGACCGCAAACUGAGGUUUGUGGAAAAGGAGAUAAAGAAGGCCGACAUACACAUUGUGGACACGGGGGAAAACCCAGAGGUCCCCAUUCCGCGGGACAUGAUUGACUUGGAGGCUACAUUUGAGAAGCUGGAAAAUGAGUUGAAGGAGAUCAACACCAAUCAGGAAGCUCUAAAGAAAAACUUUCUGGAAUUGAGUGAACUCAAGCACAUCCUUCGGCGCACACAGCAAUUCUUCAAUGAGAUGGAGGACCCUGCUCUAAUGGAGGAGUCAUCCACUCUGCUGGACCCGAAUGAGGUUGGACGGGCUCCUCUCCGGCUUGGCUUUGUGGCAGGCGUGAUCGGCAGAGAGAGGAUUCCCACCUUUGAAAGGAUGUUGUGGAGAGUUUGUCGUGGUAACGUGUUCUUGCGCCAAGCGGACAUCGAGGAACCUCUGGAAGACCCCGUCACCGGAGACCAGGUGCACAAGUCAGUCUUCAUCAUCUUCUUUCAGGGAGAUCAGCUGAAGAACAGGGUGAAGAAGAUCUGUGAAGGAUUUCGGGCUUCACUGUACCCCUGCCCAGAGACCCCACAAGAAAGAAAGGAAAUGGCAGCAGGAGUCAACACUCGUAUUGAUGACCUUCAGAUGGUGCUAAAUCAGACGGAAGAUCACAGACAGCGUGUGCUGCAAGCUGCCGCUAAGACUCUUCGUGUCUGGUUUAUUAAAGUGAGAAAGAUGAAGGCCAUUUACCACACGCUAAAUCUUUGCAAUAUUGAUGUCACACAGAAGUGUCUGAUUGCCGAAAUCUGGUGUCCCGUAUCAGACCUAGACUCAAUUCAGCUUGCCCUGCGCAGGGGAACGGAGAAAAGUGGUUCCACUGUUCCCUCCAUCCUGAACACAAUGCAGUCCAAACAGACCCCGCCCACCUACAACAAGACCAACAAGUUCACCUCUGGCUUCCAGAGCAUUGUGGAUGCCUAUGGUAUCGGCAGCUACCGAGAGAUCAACCCAGCUCCCUACACCAUCAUCACAUUCCCGUUUCUGUUUGCUGUCAUGUUUGGUGAUCUGGGCCAUGGCAUUCUCAUGACCUGUGCUGCACUUUACCUUGUGAUCAGAGAGAACCGCCUCAGCGCACAGAAAAAUGACAGCGAGAUGUUCAACAUGGUCUUUUUAGGACGUUACAUUAUUCUGCUGAUGGGGGUCUUUUCCAUCUACACAGGGAUCAUUUAUAAUGACUGCUUUUCUAAGUCACUCAAUGUCUUUGGCUCCAGCUGGAGUGUGAAACCCAUGUUUACACAUGCUAACUGGACGUUUCAGACUCUGGAGGACAACCGGUUGCUGCAGUUGGACCCUGCCGAACCAGGAGUGUUUGCAGGACCCUACCCGAUCGGCAUUGACCCUGUCUGGAACAUGGCCACCAACAAGCUGACUUUUCUGAACUCCUAUAAGAUGAAGAUGUCUGUAAUUUUGGGGGUUACGCAAAUGCUUUUCGGAGUUUGUCUAAGCCUGUUUAAUCAUGUCUACUUUAAGAAGCCUCUGAACAUCUAUCUUGGCUUCAUCCCUGAAAUCAUCUUUAUGAGCAGCCUGUUUGGCUACCUGGUGCUUCUCAUCUUCUACAAGUGGACGGCAUAUGAUGCCAAGACCUCUAUGGAAGCUCCAAGCAUCCUCAUAGCCUUCAUCAACAUGUUUCUCUUCAACUACAAUGACAACACCUUUAAACAGCUCUACAGAGGACAGAUGGUGAUCCAGUGUCUUCUCGUGGUCAUCGCUGCUCUAUGCGUGCCGUGCAUGCUCAUCGUGAAGACCCUGGUUCUUCGCAGAGAUUACCUCUGGAAAAAGCACCUUGGCGCACAUAACUUUGGAGGAAUCCGGGUUGGGAACGGCCCCACAGAGGAUGAAGCCGAGAUCAUCCAGCAUGAUCAGCUCUCCCAGCACGAAGAGGAAGAGCCCGAGUUUGAUUUCUCAGAUGUAGCAGUGCAUCAGGCCAUCCACACUAUAGAGUUCUGCUUAGGCUGCAUUUCAAACACGGCCUCAUAUUUACGUCUCUGGGCCCUGAGCCUCGCUCAUGCACAGCUGUCAGAGGUCUUGUGGUCGAUGGUGAUGCACAUCGGUCUUUUCUCCAGCUCUUUUGCUGGCUUCCUGGGUGUGUUUUUUAUUUUUUCUGUCUUCGCCACACUAACAGUGUGUAUCUUACUUAUAAUGGAGGGGCUGUCUGCCUUCCUGCAUGCUCUCAGAUUACACUGGGUGGAGUUUCAGAAUAAAUUCUACACUGGUCAGGGCUUUAAGUUCAUGCCCUUCACCUUCGACAGCAUCCUGGAGGGAAAGUUUGAUGAUUGAUAUGUUCUCAGCCCUGCUACCACCAAACCCCAAUGUGGCAUUAUGCAGACACUUUUAUCCAAAGCGGCUUACAGUUGUGACCGAGUACAGUUUCAAGUUUGAGCAAUGAAGGGUUAGGGGCCUUGCUCAGAGGCUCAACAGGAGGUGGUGGAGCUCGAUUACUAGUUACCACUGUCCAAAUUUCUAACAGACUGGCAGGAAAACACUGAUGAGUGAAAGAAAAAUGCUUAUCAUUUUAAAUACACCCAAACCCUGAUGGCUGGAUACGGUUUGUUGCAGGAACUGCCACAGUUGUGUCAUUUCAAUAUUUUAAUGAGGAAACACUGAAUGUAUUCACCCAAGCAGCCUAUAAAAUAGCACUACAGAUUCUAUCAUAUCAUAAUAAUAAUAAUUAUGCCCAUCACUACUAAUUAUUUUUUAUCAUGCAGAUAUCAAACGUAAAAUAUCAACCAAUACCAAAUUUUGAUUCAAUUUUGUCCUCCUUACAACAUAGUACACUAGGAUGAUUUACUUAUUGCUCUGCAGGCUGGAUCUCAGCCUUAUUUGUCCUUACAUUGUUUCUUAGUGUUAACAGCUUAUCAUAAUCAGCAUGAUUAAUUACAUAAUGGAGCAGGACAGCUGUGCAGCCAGUGGAGUGAGUAGCACAAAGCUGCAUUGUUCCUAGGUUUAAAAUUCGACUCUGGUCACUGUAUGUACAGAAUUCAGCAUGUUCUUCCUGUAUCUAUCCACAUGGGUUUUCUCCAGGUACUCCAGUUUCUUCCCACCACCUUAAAAGCUACUAGUAAAUGGAUUAGAAAACAUCACAUAUACGAUACAAUGUGAUACCAUUCCUGCACAUUAUGCCAGUAUUUAGCUCGAUACUGAGAUACACUUUUGAUGUCUCAAAGACUCACACAGCUAAAAAUAGUAGAAGAAAUUAUUGUUAAGUUAAUUCUAAGCAGGAGAAAUGCACUGAAGUUGGUACACUUUCACUGUCUAUUGAAUAAGUUUCUUCAUGGCACAACUUGUGGCUAAUAAGUGUCUAUUAUGCCAGAUGCACUGGUUGGAUUGCUAAAUAUAACAGAUAUUAAAGCCAGGAGUCUUAAUAAUUGCUUUCUGAUUGUGGUAGUUCGUGUCGUGGGUUUUGGGUGUAUUUUAGAUUUCUGUUGAAUAGAUUUAAAUAUUCUCAAAUAUCGAAAUCAUACAGCUCUUAAAUUCCAACGACUAUAAAUGCACAUGAAUGAUAUAUUUACAUUGUUAACUGGAUUUAAUGUUCUUUGUAUGAAAGAUCACUACGUUGCAUAAAUAAGCUGGUUGUAUACUUCUUUAUUCAUCCUUGUAUAUUACUGACAUUUUAAGUUUUGUUCUGACCUUAAGUAAUCUGUUUACAGUGUCGUGUUUAAGUUUAUUUUCCUCAUUUAAAAGUAAACACAUUCUGAGAUUUAUAUUUGGGUAACAUAUAUGAAGACAGUACCCCAGGAAGAUAAAUCGUUUAGCUGGAUUUAAUGCUGCUACUAAAUUACUGAUUUAAUAGCAGCUAAGUUCAAGCUAAACAUCACAAUCUAAACCCCAUUACUACUUUUAUUAGCUUAAUUAUCAAACGAUCCAGAGUUGCUGUAUUACCUCGUUGUUAAACUUCUAUUGUUUAUUUUUUCUUUGUGGUGUUGUAGAAAUGCCAGGAAAACUGUUGGAAAGCGUUCAAUAUUCCUUCGUUUAAAUGUAAACAGUGUAAAAUGAUGAAUCCAGGUUUGAGGUGUCCUUUGUGUUAUGUUUGUGUGGGUUUCAUUGACCUGCCACCUGCAGCAGGACUUUGCAAUGUCUAGAUUUACCAAGUAACAAGCAGUACGUGACUACUGUUGAAAGUGGUGGUUUUCAAUAAAUGACCAGGCUGGUUAACAA